CCACCACAGAAACACACUUCAUAUUGUGGCAGCUUGUUAAGAUAAAUGCCAUGUUUACAGUUUACGUUACUUUCUUUUUUCAUUCGUAAUAACUUUUUUGCUAUCCUUAAAGCUAACGUUAGCCGGCUAAGUUAACUAGUAAACGUUACCUCUCCAGUCAUGAUGUUUACAGGUUUAUUCACGCUGCUCAGAUACACCGGUGAUAUCCUGCUAGCUUAUGACGACAUGAUAAUACUCGAAUGUUCUUUUUAAAGCAGGUCUUACAUGUGAGCCACUGAGCUUGGCACCAGCAGGGACACAGUCCAUCCUCUCUCAGUACACAAAUCCAGCAUGUCCUCCCAGGAAGACGGGGCUGCGGAGCCAGGCCCUGAAACAGUGGAACCAUCCAACUCCUCCAAUGACAACGAUGCCACCACUGGGGACAUCAUCUCUGUCACCAUUGGAGCCACCGUGCCCACAGGGUUUGAGCACACUGCUGCAGAGGAGGUCAAGGAGAAGAUUGGAGUGGAUGCACGUAUCAGCAAAGAUCGAGGCCGCAUAUACUUUCCAAUAACCACUGACAAGCUUUUCCAGGUACAUCGUCUGAGGUCUGUGGACAACCUGUUUGUUGUGGUUGAGGAGUAUGAUAGUUACCAGUUCAAAGAAUCAAAGGAGGAAACAUUGAUGGAGCUGCAGCAGCUUGCCUCCACACUCCCCUGGACUAACGCCUUAGAGGUUUGGAAACUAAAUCGUACCUUUAAAAAGAAGAAAGGUUAUCGGAAAGGAGGAAAUGGCACCAAAGGGAAACCUAAGAGUGAAGCCCCUGAUGCAACUGUGGCUGACACUGAGCAGCAAGAGCUACCUCAAACGACAUCUACCGAAGAAAACCAGACAGAGGAGAGCGUGCCCGAAGCCGAGUCCGACACGCAGGACUCGGUGGAGGCAGCACCCGGGGCCAAAUUGAUCAAGUUUCGUGUGACGUGCAACAGGGCCGGCGACAAACACAGCUUUUCCUCUAAUGAGGCAGCCAGAGACUUUGGUGGAGCCGUGCAAGAAUUCUUCCAGUGGAAAGCCGACAUGACAAAGUUUGACAUAGAGGUGUUACUAAACAUCCACAAUAGUGAGGUCGUGAUCGGCAUCGCGCUGACGGAGGAGAGUCUUCACAGGAGAAACAUCAGUCACUUUGGACCCACUACUUUGCGGUCAACUUUGUGUUACGGCAUGCUCAGGCUGUGCAAACCUCAGCCAUCAGAUAUAAUUCUUGAUCCAAUGUGCGGCACUGGAGCUAUACCACUGGAGGGGGCCAUUGAGUUUAACAGCUCAUUCUACAUCGCCGGUGACAACUAUGACAUGGCGGUUAACCGCACAGUCAAUAAUAUCUGUCACAUCCAAAAACGUAGGGCAGACAAGGGCAGCAUAUCUGGACUGCCCAUUGACACAGUGCGUUGGGAUUUGUGCAGUCUACCCAUGAGGACCAGCUCUGUUGACAUAAUCAUCACUGACAUGCCCUUUGGAAAGAGAAUGGGCUCGAGGAAGAAGAACUGGGACCUUUACCCCUCCUGCCUGCGAGAAAUGGCCCGUGUGUGCAGACCAGGAUCGGGAAAAGCUGUCUUGUUGACACAGGACAAAAAAUGUUUUUCCAAGGCUAUCUCCAGGAUGGGAGGCCUCUGGAAGAAGCUCUACACUGUUUGGGUCAACGUCGGGGGUUUACAUGCUGGAGUCUACCUACUCAAGAGGACCGAGGCCUUGUUUGGCCAAACUCCGGAGGACGUUUAUGAAUCACGAGAAGCGGUCAGCGCGCGGGGCGAUGAGAAGGCCGAUAAGGAGAUCUCCUAAGUCACAUCCUGUGUUUAAGUGCGGAAUUUAUAUUUGAGGCCAUGUAGGAAAAAACAUUAUUUAUAUUCACUUACAUCAGGUUAUCUGCUCAAGUGUGCCAAGCAGCUUCGGUUUAUGUAUUGUUUUUAUUUCUCAUUUUGUUAAAUGUGAUGACCCAAAUAAGGACAAGCUACUCUCAUGCUGAGUAACAGUUUAAUGGCUCUCACACUCUCAGUUUGAUGGUUCAGUUGUCAGAUUGCUGUUCAGAAACCUGCUGAUGGUUAUUUCAUUGCAAAACUCCUGUCCAAGAACUAGAUAUUGUGAAUUGUUCUGAUUAAUAAAGAUUCAAACAAACCAUCAGUUCA